UUUUUUGUAUAAGUGCCAGCUGUUCCGUGUGUCGUUAAACGUGAAACAAGGUUGACUGUAAAUUGGAUUAUUCUAAAUUUUUUUUAUAACUUGUAUUUAUUGUUAAUAAUAUAAUUAUUAAUUUUAUGUUUUUGUACGUGUUAAUGUUUAUAUGGUCAGCUGUUUUUUUAUCAUAAGCACGAUCUAAGAUCUAAGAGGGAUUCGACGCGCAAAUGAGAAAACAAGACGCAGUUACGCCCGCGUGGAUUUGAAUUGCCUUGAACAACAAUCUAAAUUUUAUUCAGUUGAUUGAUUGAUGUCAAACUAAGAAAUGACGCGCAUUACACCUGUUUUUGUCGAAAUAUUUUGUAUACGUUUUAUCGCUAAUAUUUCUGUAUAUAUUUGACAUUUAUGAAAAUUGAAAUUCAAAGUGUCUGAUUUAGUUAUUGGAACAAGGAAUCAAUUAUUGGCAUCUGCAUCAUUUUUGUCUUCAUAAAAAAUGACGGACUUUUUUAGAAAUGAUCUUGGUGAGAACUUGCACGAUUCAAAGUCAACGGCAAAUCUGCGACUUCCGUCAAUUCAGCCGGCGUCGCAGUUACCCAACAAUAAUAAUAAUAAUAAUAACAUCUCGUCCGAUGAAGUGGAUAAUCCCGAGUUUCCACGGGCAGAUUACCGCCUGGAAUCUGUGAGACUGCAGAGCUACACCGACUGGCCUCUGAGCUUCAUGGACCCUGCGAAAUUGGCAGCCGCUGGAUUUUACCACACGGGCUACAAUUACCAUGUCAAAUGCUUCGAAUGUGGAAUUGAAAUACGCGAGUGGGUAGAGGGCGACGACCCGAUGUCGGAUCAUCAACGUUGGCAGUCUAAUUGCCGUUUUGUAAGAAAAUUACCCUGUGGUAAUGUGCCGAUUGGUGUUGAUCCAAGUACCGUUCCUUCAUUCAGUUCUAGAGAUCGUGACGUAUGUGGUAUUUAUCUAGAUGAAAUCCGGCCUGGUGCAUCACCAGACUUUCCUUCUGGCCAGACCGAACUCCAAUUUCCUAGUACUGCUAAGUUGGGAGGUCAAAACCUCGCCCAGCCCAAAAAACCGUCACAUCCGGAAUUUGUGAGUUACGACGCCAGAUUAAAAAGUUUUGAGUUAUGGCCCAAAUUUAUGCCACAAACCAAGGAACAACUUGCUGACGCUGGCUUCUACUACACUGGGACUGGUGACCAAACUAUCUGCUUUCACUGUGGCGGUGGGUUGAAUGACUGGGAGCCCAAGGACGAUCCGUGGGUUCAGCACGCCAAGUGGUUCAAAAAGUGCUACUACGUUCGGAUGGUCAAGGGCCAAGACUUCAUUGAAAGCGUCAUUGGUCAGCCUGUUGCACCACCUUCUCAUGAGGAGAUGAUGCAGAUGAAUUUGCCCAGCUACAUUGAAAAAUUAAAGCUAACAGCGAGUAUUAAGAAACCAGAAGAAGAACCUGAGGAGAAGAAACCAGAGGCAGAAGUUGAGCCGAUCAACAAGAGUGCGAAUGACGAUCUUAUGUGCAAGAUUUGCUAUAACUAUGAAUUGGGGGUGGUGUUCCUGCCUUGCGGACACAUGGUAGCUUGCACUAGGUGCACGCCGAGUAUGAAUUCUUGCCCGGUGUGUAAAGAGCCCGUCAGUAUGACAGUACGCACUAUAAUAUCUUAGUACUUUUACAUUAGCACUAUUCAUUAUAUCCUAAAAUUAUUAUCUGUAAAAAUUAUUAUUACAUUAUUAAUGUAAAAAUUUUAAAAUUGAAAAUUAAGAUAUUUAAAUUUGAUACUAAUUGAAAUAAUUAAAAAAAAAUUAAAUUUAAUCGAAUGAAAUUACCAAGUGACUCAUGACGUCUUGUAUGCGGGUAAAAUUCUAUGCCAAUUUGAAGUAUAAUCUUUUAAUGUGAAGAAAUGAUUAAUAAUAAUAAUAUGCAUGACAAUAAUACUUGCAGUAUUCAAUUGUUCUAAUGCAUUGUUUCAAUUCUUUUAAACUACUACUUAAAAAUUAAAAUCGAAGAGUAAUUUUUAU